CCCGCCCCAUGCCAUCUUAUCUCAUCCCACACACCCACAUACUCACAUACUUACCCGCCACCGAGUCCGGGCAACGGUUCCAUCGAACAUCUCACCUGUAACUGUGCGACGCCGACCGCCGCGUACCGUACGUACGUACGAGCUGCCCGGCGGCGUCAGCGGCGGGGGUUCACCCAGCGAGGGGUAGUCAGCUACCGUGAGGGUGUGUUGAUGAGCGAGUGCAUGUCUGGGUAAGCUCUCGCACAUGGAUGCGAACGAGAUGAUGUGAUAUCACUUGUCGUCUCACCAAGCAAUAUCCCCAUCGCCUCUAUUUCGCCUGCUGUGCAUUUUCCGUACUUGGUAUCACUUCGGGUCUGGAGGACAAGCAGUAUUGGGCAAAGUUUACUCGUUUGAGCAAAUGCGAAUCACGUCAGCAACGCAACGGGGAUUGUGCCAAGAGGGAAAGCUCUCGUUCUUGAUGUGGAAUCACAUCCUGUUCAUCCUCUUGUUAAGUUUUGGGCAAGACGAUGCUGUUGAGGUGGGUUUAGUGAUGGCAAGACUGUUGUCUUUGCGCCGACCCAGAAAGGUAGACCCUGUGGAGAAGUUUAUCCACUGGACGCGUUGCUCGAGAAACAAUUCGUCGAAUGGACAUGUACGGUCUGAUUCUCACAUUCCCAUUUGCAUAUCCAUCAACCGUCAAUGCAUGUAUGCAAAUCCUAUCCACCUCCGAAGUUCGCAACAAUCCUCGUGUUUUUCCAAGUAAAGUUUUGGAAUAUCUUGCAUGCCUCUUUUGGUAAUAUGCGAAAGUGGCUUCUGAGUUGCGUCCGAAUAUCGCAGACAUUCCCUAUCAUUCAUUUCCCAACAUCUGCACGCAUCCCCUGUUCCGGCGGUGAACUAGAGUGCAAACAAAUCGCACAUCCUGCCGCAUCCCCUUCGUACAUCGCAGCUAUCCGAACCUCGCAGCCUGCAGUACAUGCUUAGGCGACCUGCAAGCCACAUACAUGUACCCGUCUACACACCACCUCACUUUUUUUCGCAGGACAACAAACACGAUAACAUCCCUACGUCAAGAGGAAGCAAAGAUGAGUAAAUGCUGCUGUUCCCACAGUCAUCUGUGACGUGGACACGUAUAUCCAUGAACGGUCGGCGCGCGUGCGUGCAAGGUGUCCGUCACGAAUAAACAUACAUUUGAUGUAAAUUCAGAGUCAUCCAUCCGAAAUAAACCUAUGCGCUGUCCUCCGAACGGGCCUGCAAACCGCGGAAGAGAGUGAUGCGACAAUGUUCAUCGAUGGGCGGUUUGCAGAUCCGUCCCCAAAGCACGAUACUGGGUGACUAUGGCAGGUGGCUGUUGUCUUUGAUGUGCUGGCGCUGCCAAAAAACCACGGUACUGUACGCCUUAUCCUUUGACCCCUCGUGGUUACAUGUCGUGCUGUGCGUGUGCGGGUGUGGAAGCCGCCACCCACGUAACAGGACACAACAACUCACACCACAUGCGUAUCUGUAUACGAGAACAUUCGUGGUUGGGGCGGUUGCCUCUGAAGUCAGUGUACUCUGUAUCAUUCACGGAUGCCGAUCAUUUUCCCAUGUAUACUUGCUUUCCUUCGGAUGUAGGUAUGCUUGCAUCAUCACGGGUCUGUAUACUUUUAGCGGUACGAAGUCAAUGUAACGUCAAGACAUCGUCGCCACAUCACUUGGAAAUCCCCACUCGGGUUCAAACACCCAUAUCUUUGCAAGAAGCCAAGAAGAGGAGAACAGUGAGUCACGAGUCUUGAAAGCCACAUGUAUCCAUGCCAUCAUGCAUUCAAAAGUGUGAAGCUGUGGGUAUCUGUUGAUAUCGCUGUACUAUGCCGAGCUGCGCGCGGCAUUGUUGAGGGCCAUUAGGCAUCGCAGAAACCAACAAGCCUCCACUCCGCUCAAACAAGACCAGGCAGCAAAAAAACAAGAACGCUCGGCCACAUACGGCAGAAGUGUAUGUAGACUUCAUUUACCUGGCAUAAUAUACCCACCCCACGCC